AUGGUAGCCGGGGACUUCAACGGGAUUCGUGAACCUUCCGACAGGAUGGGUGGCUCUAGUGCAUGGAUCCCAUCGUUUGAUGAAUUUGGAGAUUGUUUAAUGCAAGCGGCCCUUGACGACCCGAGAUAUAUUGGACACCGAUUCACAUGGGCCACCUCAUCCGGUGAAUCAAGGAAGCAACGUAAGAUUGAUCGUGUCUUGAUUAAUGAUCAUUGGAACCACAUGUUUUCUUUCUCCGAGGCUACUUUCUUAGCCCCCGGUAUUUCCGACCAUAGCCCCAUGGUGGUCGGAAUCAUGCCCCCUCCCGCCUCCAAGAAGCUGUUUAAAUACUUCAACUUUUGGUCCUCUCAUCCCUCUUUCUUGGAUAUAGUCGCGCAGGUGUGGGCAACCCCUAUUCGUGGUACACCUAUGUUCGUUGUUUGUAGCAAGCUCAAGCUACUAAAGGGCCGGCUAAAACAGCUAAAUAGGAGCUCGUUCUCGGACAUUUUCGAACGCACCGAGCAUGCUAGGCUACAUCUUGCUUCGAUCCAACAGGAUUUGCAGCUUGAUUUCAACAAUCACACUCUUCUACAUUGGGAAGUGGAAUGCCUCCGCAACUAUUCUUCACUAAGAAUCCAGGAGGAAGCUUUCUUCAAGCAGAAAUCGAGAAUUAGGUGGCUUAAGGAGGGCGACAUGAAUACAAAAUUUUUCCACCACUCGGUUAACAAGCAGUACCUCCGAAACCAUAUCCUUUCGGUUUCCACUUCGGCUGGACAGAUCCUCAUAGAACCAGCUCGGGUUUCCUCUCAUAUUACUUGGCAUUUUGAAGAAUUGCUGAAUGGAAGACCUGCACUCUUUCAGCCUAAUGUGCAUUAUAUUCGUGAUUUUAUUGGUCGAACACUACAAGAGGACCAAAUUGAGUCCAUCUCUCGCAUUGUUACGGAGGACGAAAUACAAGCCACACUCUUCUCUCUAGCCAAAGAUUCUCUCGCAGUUGUAAUGCUCCCGUUGCACUUGUCUUCCACUGGACUCAUCGUGGUUCAUCACCUCCUGACUUCAUGCAACCCGGUCACUCUCACAUCCACAGCUACUGUACCUGCUGUCUCCCUUCCGCCCGAGGUCUACUGGCUCGCCUCUUUGGACCUUACUCUUUUCUUGGUGCCUGCUGGAUCCAUGACCGCCGCUUGA